UUUCUUCAACCAACCAACCAUCCAUUUACUAAAAAAAAAUCUCUUCCCACCAUCAUCAUCAUCAUUCAUCACCAAGGAGAUAGAAGAUAGAAGAUGGAGUUCACUGCAGGCUUCCAUCCAUCUUCAUUGCAUUCUUUCUUCAACUAUCAUCUCCUCCCUGAAAAUUAUGUUCAUUGGAGACAGACUCCUGAAUCUCACAUCUAUUCUGCUGAUCUUCCAGGGGUGGAGAAAGAGAAAAUAAGGGUGGAGGUUGAAGAUUCAAGGUAUCUUAUAAUAAGAACUGAGGGCGGGAACGACGUCGACGAUGAAUCAACGCCGCCGGCGACAAGAAGCUUCAUGAGGAAGUUCCGGCUGCCGGGAAUGGUUGACGUCGACGGGAUCUCCGCCGGCUACCGGGACGGAGUGUUGACUGUCACAGUUCCCAGAUCCUUUGUGAGGGGACGACUCCUCAUUCACCCUACACAUGUUUUGGAUAGCCUUAGUUUUGGUGCGAGUGCUGCUUAAUUAAUUCACUCAAAUUUAUGGUUUUUUUGAAUGGCAAUGAAUCAUGAUUAUUUUGAAUUUGGUUUUCUUUAAAAAAAAAAAAAAAAAAAAAAAAAGCUCCUCCUAAGAGCAAUGUACAGCUUUUGUUUGGUGACUUUGUUGGUGUUGUAUAAUCCCUGUCUUGUUUUAAUAUUUUGUUUCUUGUACAGUAUAUAAUAUCUUCAUAAAAUGAUGCACGUGUAAUUGAGACAGCGCUUCAUUGAUCAACUAAUACAAAAUAAAUUGAGAA